ACCUAAAUGAUAAAAAAUGUAGAAGAUUUAGCAGUUAGCCACGUGGGUCAUACUCACUCCAAAAUAGUCAGCACCAGACGAGACUGGAUCUUAGAAGAUGAAGUACAGAAUGAAUUACUUAUGGAUGGCAGGUUGGAGGAUGACAUUAUAAUCGAAGAGGUUUUUGAACAUAUGGGUAAUUAUAGGAAUUACGACGAUAGCGAAAGAUAUGACUGUGGCAAUAAUUUGUUUGCUGACUAUGCAACCGAGGCAAUUUUUACGCGUUUGGAAAAGAAACCAAAUACAAACAUUGCUAAAAACGUAAUCAUUUUCGUUGCUGAAAACACACCACUCUCGGCUGUAAGACAAGCCAGAAAAUAUUCUAAUGUUAAAUGUCACAAUAAGAUGUACCCUGGUAACCAAUGUCUUCUGCAAAAGCAUUUCUAUGACAUUGCUUUAGUCAAAACUGAAUGCUUUGAUGGUGUUGAAGCAAACCCUGCCUGCUCUGCUACAGCCCUUUUCGCUGGUGUGAAAGCCAACAGCAACACCAUUGGUGUCUCACCUGAAAUGAAUCACUGUCCGAAUCAAUUCGAGCAUUCCUAUGAUUACAAACUUCCUUCAAUCGCUGCCUGGGCUCAGAAUUCCGGUAAAAGAACAGGUCUAGUUACAACAUCUCCAGUGACCAGUGCGUCAGUUGCUCCACUCUAUGCCCAUACCUGCAAUGGUUUCUGGGAGUCCGAUGCUGACCUACCAUAUCAUCAUGGACACUUCCGAAACGCCGAUGUAGCUGCUCAACUUAUGCAUAGCGAGACAGGGAAAAAUCUAAAUGUUAUUCUGGGAGGUGGCCGCAGUAACUUUCUUCCCUUUAAUAAAGAAGGUGGAUCUAGGUUGGAUCGUCGUAAUUUGGUCAAGGAUUGGGCACGAUCAAAGCGCUCUGCUGGAGAAUACGCCUAUAUUGAAACCGUGGAUGAACUUUGGGAGGUCUGCCGCUACACAGAUUACAUCUUGGGUCUUUUCAACGAUGGGGCAUUGAACGCCUGUGAAGACCCCAGCAUUGCCGAUCUUACUGAGGUUGCCAUUAAACUCUUACACAGGCCACACGAGGAAGAAGGUUAUGUUUUGUUUGUGCAACAUGCUAAUCCACGUGUGUUUGGCAAUGAAUUGGAUGCAGCUGAAGCACAAAUUGAUAAUACAAUUGAAAUUAUAAAGGCUGUUAGGGUUGCUAUUGAUCAGACCAGCGAGGAAGACACUUUGAUUAUAUUCACUUCUGAUUAUGCUGCUAGGAAUCCGGAUAUUGCUGAAAUUUAUGAUGAAAAUGUAUCUUCCACUUCGGAAGGAACUUCCUCAGAUACGUCGUAUGAUAGCUCUUUCAGAUUCUCCAGCUCAUCUAAAUCAUCUUAUGAAUCUGAUUCGUACUCCAGUCUGGAAGAUAUUCCUUCUGUUGGUAAGUGUGACAUUCGGGAGACUGGUGAAGAUGCUUUCUUGUUUGCUCGUGGCCCUUGGUCGCAUCUUUUCGGUAGCGUUAUCGAGCAAUACUGGAUUCCACAUUUUGCCGCCUUUGCUUCAUGCAUUGGCGAAGGAGCACAAGUAUGUGAUCUGGCGUAAAAUAUUUAUUUAUCUCUAAAAUUUUUAAUAGCCACAUAUUUAUAUUUUCUAAUACAUAUAGUCAUACAGCUGGGGAGAAUAUAAUAUAAGAUGCUUUGUAUUAUUUUACACAAAAUCGUUUCAAAAUAGAAUCGUACCAAAUUUUAUACAUCA